CGCGUUACAAUUCAACGCAGCUAGAAUCCUUUCUUGGGCCUGCAGGAGCCUCUUCAGUUGCUUCUGAGUUCUUUCGAUCUGAUCUCUGUUGUCCUUGAUAGUUUAAUUGUUUUUUUUGUUUGACAUGUUCCAGGCUCAUCUUGCACAUUUUCUGCCAGAAAUCACCUCCUUCUCCAGGAAGACCUCCCAGAAGUGGUAUUUAGAGACCACAGUCAGAGCUCUGGGCUGCUCAUUACUGUUGAUGAGUGAUUGUUUCUAGACUUUUUCAGUGGACAAAGCUAGAAAAAUGCAUAUUUUUAAAAGAUAAAAUGCAUCACAAACUCAUGCUGACACUAUUAUUCAAAUUUAGGACUCAUUGAUCUUUCCCAUUGCUUGCCAAUGACCUCAACAUAACUUGUUUUAUCCCAUACUACACAGAAAACAGUCUCAAAGAACAACAUAAUGCUGCCAAUAACUAUGAUUAUGAAAAAGUUAGUUUUGCAGCUUUUUAAAAAAUGAAAAGUUAAAAAAAAUAAAUCAUGACUGAAUCUGCCUCUAGCACAAGUGGUCAAGAGUUUGAUGUAUUCAGUGUUAUGGACUGGAAAGAUGGAGUAGGCACAUUGCCAGGAAGUGACUUAAAGUUUCGAGUAAAUGAAUUUGGAGCCCUGGAAGUUAUAACAGAUGAGAGUGAGAUGGAAAAUGUUAAAAAGGCAACGGCUACCACAACUUGGAUGGUGCCAACUGCUCAAGAAGCCCCGACCUCUCCCCCGAGCUCCAGGCCCGUAUUUCCACCUGCCUACUGGACAUCUCCACCCGGAUGUCCCACAGUUUUUUCAGAGAAGACUGGGAUGCCCUUCAGGUUGAAGGAGUCAGUAAAAGUAGAAGGGCUUCCGUUCUGUGAGAACUGUUGUCAGUAUGGCAACGUAGAUGAAUGUCUUUCUGGAGGAAACUAUUGCAGCCAGAAUUGUACUCGGCAUAUCAAAGACAAGUUUACAAGCAGCAGAGAUCAGAAGGAGGAAAGGGACCUAGGAGAAGACAACGAGGAAGAAGACCCUAAGUGCAGUCGGAAGAAAAAACCAAAGCUAUCCCUGAAAGCAGACUCCAAGGAGGAUGCAGAAGAGAGAGACGACGAAAUGGAGAACAAACAAGAUGGGAGAAUCCUGAGGGGUUCACAGAGAGCCCGAAGGAAAAGACGCGGUGAUUCAGCUGUAUUAAAGCAGGGUUUGCCUCCUAAAGGAAAGAAGGCCUGGUGCUGGGCAUCCUACCUGGAAGAGGAAAAGGCUGUGGCAGUGCCAGCGAAGCUAUUCAAGGAGUAUCAAUCCUUUCCAUAUAACAAAAAUGGGUUUAAAGUUGGCAUGAAAUUAGAAGGCGUGGACCCUGAGCAUCAGUCCGUGUACUGCGUCCUCACAGUGGCUGAGGUUUGUGGAUACCGGAUAAAGCUGCACUUUGAUGGGUAUCCUGAUUACUAUGACUUCUGGGUUAAUGCAGACGCUCUGGAUAUUCACCCAGUUGGGUGGUGUGAGAAAACUGGCCAUAAGCUCCACCCUCCCAAAGGUUAUAAAGAAGAAGAAUUUAAUUGGCAGACUUACCUGAAGACAUGUAAAGCUCAGGCUGCUCCCAAGUCAUUAUUUGAGAAUCAGAACAUAACAGUGAUCCCAUCAGGCUUCCGAGUUGGAAUGAAGCUUGAAGCUGUAGACAAAAAGAACCCUGCGUUUAUCUGUGUUGCUACGGUAACAGAUAUGGUGGACAAUCGUUUCCUGGUACAUUUUGACAACUGGGAUGAGAGCUAUGACUAUUGGUGUGAAGCAUCCAGUCCACACAUUCAUCCUGUUGGUUGGUGUAAAGAACAUAGAAGAGCACUUAUCACUCCUCCAGGUUAUCCAAAUGUGAAACAUUUUUCUUGGGAUAAAUAUUUAGAAGAAACCAAUUCUUUGCCUGCUCCUGCAAGAGCUUUCAAAGUGAAACCUCCACAUGGAUUCCAGAAAAAAAUGAAGCUGGAGGUCAUAGACAAAAGAAAUCCCAUGUUUAUUAGAGUGGCCACAGUUGCAGACACAGAUGAUCACCGAAUAAAAGUUCACUUUGAUGGCUGGAAUAGUUGCUAUGAUUACUGGAUAGAUGCAGAUUCUCCUGAUAUUCACCCUGUCGGCUGGUGUUCAAAAACUGGGCAUCCUCUUCAGCCUCCUUUGAGCCCCUUAGAGCUAAUGGAAGCUUCAGAACAAGGUGGAUGCUCAACCCCAGGAUGUAAAGGGAUUGGUCAUUUUAAGAGAGCGAAACAUCUGGGCCCUCAGAGUGCUGCCAGCUGUCCUUAUUCAGAAAUCAAUUUAAACAAAGACCGCAUCUUCCCAGAUCGCUUAAGUGGGGAGAUGCCUCCGGCUAGUCCAUCAUUUCCAAGAAAUAAAAGGACAGACACAAAUGAAAUCUCCUCAUCUCCUGAAAUCAGAGAUCAGCACGCUGAUGUCAGAGAAGAAUUCGAAGAGAGAACAGAAAGUGAAGUGAAGACGUCACACGAAGCCAGAGGUGCCCGGGAAGAACCUAGCGUACCACAGGCACAGCGUCGGUCCGCUGUCUUUCUGUCCUUUAAGUCCCCAAUUCCAUGUCUGCCCUUGCGCUGGGAGCAGCAAAGCAAACUUCUGCCAACUGUAGCCGGAAUCCCUGCCAGUAAAGUUUCCAAGUGGAGCACAGAUGAGGUAUCAGAAUUCAUACAGAGCUUACCUGGGUGUGAAGAGCAUGGGAAGGUAUUUAAAGAUGAACAAAUUGAUGGAGAAGCGUUUCUGCUUAUGACGCAAACAGACAUUGUCAAAAUUAUGAGCAUUAAGCUGGGCCCUGCUCUCAAAAUUUUCAAUUCUAUCCUGAUGUUCAAAGCUGCAGAGAAGAACUCUCACAAUGAACUUUGAAGAUGGUGAAUUUUGGAUACCAUCAGCUUUCUGCUUUAAAGCUCAUGUUUUAUUCAAAGCACAAGGACAGGUAACUCCUCAGUGAGAAGUCUCCAAAACUCAGAAGAGCAAUGCGAUCAGAUUAUUUAUAUUCCUCCAGAGACAAUAUAUAUGAAUUCCUAUGAAAGUGCUUGAGCUUUUAACCAGGUACUGUCUAACAACAGUCAUCCUUUGGUUCUGUUCACUGAGCUAAAUUUAUCUUUGUAAAUCUUUUUGAGGCUGGGGGGGUGGGAGGAAAGGGAGGGCUUCAUUAAUUAUUUAUGGACAAUGGGGGGCAGAGUAUGACUUUUUGGCAUUUUAUAAACAUUGAUGAAUUCUCUUUCAUGUACACUGUUUCUUUUUCAAUACUUUCAGGAAUCUUUUUAUAUAAUCAAAUUUCAACCUAAACCAAAAUAGUGUCUAAACCUGGCUAAGUUUAGCCAGUUGGACGGUUGGUUAUCUGUAUUGUUAAUUCUGUGCCAUAUUUUGAAUUGCAACAUUAUGCUAAGUAUAACUUUGCAAGUCAUGAUAUUGCCUAACUGCUUGUCAUCGUUUGUUGGGGCCGAAUAGUUGUAAAAAUCACUUUUCCUUAAAUCUGUGUUUUUGCUUUUGCACGUAUUAUGAAAUGUUAAACAAAUUACGUUCACCAGCAUCUUUACUAUAAUUACCAAAAAUCAUGUACAUAAGUAAUGGAAUUGAAAAAUAAAAUAUAUCAGCAUAAAUAACUUAGGUGAUGUAGUUGAAUGGCAUCCGUCUCACCAUCGUGAUGCCUUGUGUGCUGGGCUCUUGUAGAGUCCACUGUCAUGGAAUAUGCAGUUACAUGGGGGGAGGGGGGAUUGUAAGGAUCUGAAACUAUUUAUGAGAUUAUCUUGAGCUUCUCUCUAAUUGUUAUUGAGGUGCUUUUCAGAGAUCGGUGAAGGGCUUGUUCUGUCCAUAGAAACACUAAUCCCUAAGCAGCUCUGUCCCAGAUCUUGCCGUGUCCUCCAAACCCGAAGGUGUUCCUUGAGGGCUGGCUGUGGAGAGAGGUGUGUUGACUUGACUGAGAAGGCAAGGUGUGAGGGAGCAACACCAGCAAAGAUUCUAAAUGCUCACAGAACAGGGAGGCGACUUCCCAAAACAAUCACUCGAGAACCUCCAUUUCGGAGAGAUUCCUUUCUCUGUGGAACAGUUCGCCUCACUAUGUAAGCAUACAGAUGCACUUUAAAUGGAAGCCCUUGAUUACCUAUACAAUGAUAGCUGGUAGUGUUUCUUUUGCAAGAAUGCAUUUCCAACAAAAAGGUAAAUUAUUUUAUCAGCCUUUGGAUGUAAUUUCAGGAUUGAACAUUAAUUCAAGGUCUCUCUUAAAAGUAGGAAGUAGGUUUGCAGCAUGCUGUCUGAAUUCUGGGCAAGUUCCACCCCUCUUUAGUUGCUCUUUUUUUUUUCUGGUGUAGAAUUUCCUUUCCUGUCUCCCCCACUUUCCUCUCCCCCACCCCUCCCCGUGGAGGUCUGUUAGCAGUCUUUUGCCUAUGUCAUCAUUCCAGGUAAAAACAGGGUUAUGAUAUCUAGUGUUCCUUCCUUUCUUUGCAUGAAUCUGCUUAAACAAGUUUUGCUCUGUUAAUUUUCAUUUCCUUUUUUUAUGUUUUGUUCAGAAUUUGUACAUUCAAAUUGCACUUGUUAUAUCUGACAUGAAUGAAAUAAAAUCUUAAUUGCAGAUA